AGUCAACUUACUGGACGCUAAUUCUGUUAAUCGUUACCAGAAACCCAAGUUACUUUUUAUCAUGAUUCCUAAUGUUCUUCAUUCUUUUUAGCUUUCCAUCAUGAAGGUUCUAUUUUACGCAACCCUGAUAUUGGCUACCAUCGUACUAAUCUUCCACACAGCUACUGCAUGUCUAUCUGAUGGUGAGAAGUGUGUUUACGACCCAUCUGGACAAACAUUUGCUGAUUGUUGCUCAGGCUUUUGCUACCAACAAGUGUCGAUCAUGAAGGGCCUAUUCUAGGCAACCUUGGUACUGGCCACCAUUGCACUUAUCUUCCACACCGCUACUGCAUGUCUAUCUGACGGUGAGAAGUGCGUUUACGACCCAUCUGGACAAACGUUUGCAGACUGUUGCUCAGGUUUUUGCUACCAACAAGCUGGAUGGGCAGAAGGAUACUGCAAGACCCAAUAAACUACCAGC